GAAGGAUGGUGUUGGACCGGCCAGUGAAGAUGACAAGGCUACGGGGGACCCCCACGAGCAGAAGCCAGAGGACGGGCAAGAGCAAAAUCAUAGUGACUCCGAGGGACAAAAUCGGACAGAGCAGCGACUCCAGAAAGAAAGGCUCUCAGAACAGCAAGAAGGCCUCGAGAAGCAACAAGAGCAGCUUGAGGAGGAGGAGCUGCAGCAGAAGAGGCUUCAGGAGAUUCGGCAGUUGGAGUCGGAAAGGUUAGACAAAGAAAGGCUUGAGCAGGAGCGACUGGAUCAGGACAAGCGCGAGCAGGAGCGACUGGAUCAGUGAGGAAAACUUGAGAGGAGCGAUGGAUAGGAUGAAAAGGCCUUGGGCGAAGCAGGAGCGGCUCGAGCAGGAGCGACUGGAUCAGGAGCAGCUUGAGCAGGAGCGGCUCGAGCAGGAGCGACUGGAUCAGGAGAAGCUUGAGCAGGAGCGGCUCGAGCAGGAGCGACUGGAUCAGGAGAAGCUUGCGCAGGAGCGGCUCGAGCAGGAGCGAUUGGAUCAGGAUAAGCUUGAGCAGGAGCGACUGGAUCAGGAGCAGCUUGAGCAUGAGCGGCUCGAGCAGGAGCGACUGGAUCAGGAGAAGCGCGAGCAGGAGCGACUGGAUCAGGAGAAGCUUGAGCAGGAGCGACUGGAUCAGGAGAAGCUGGAUCAGGAGAAGCUUGAGCAGGAGCGGCUCGAGCAGGAGCGACUGGAUCAGGAGCAGCUUGAGCAGGAGCGGCUCGAGCAGGAGCGACUGGAUCAGGAGAAGCUUGAGCAGGAGCGGCUCGAGCAGGAGCGACUGGAUCAGGAGAAGCUUGCGCAGGAGCGGCUCGAGCAGGAGCGAUUGGAUCAGGAGAAGCUUGAGCAGGAGCGACUGGAUCAGGAGCAGCUUGAGCAUGAGCGGCUUGAGCAGGAGCGACUGGAUCAGGAGAAGCUUGAGCAGGAGCGGCUCGAGCAGGAGCGACUGGAUCAGGAGAAGCUUGAGCAGGAGUGGCUCGAGCAGGAGCGACUGGAUCAGGAGAAGCUUGAGCAGGAGAGGCUCGAGCAGGAGCGACUGGAUCAGGAGAAGCUUGAGCAGGAGCGGCUUGAGCAGGAGCGACUGGAUCACGAGCAGCUUGAGCAUGAGCGGCUCGAGCAGGAGCGACUGGAGCAGGAGAAGCUUGAGCAGGAGAAGCUGGAGCAGCAGAGGCUGGAGCAAGAGCGACUAGAGCAAGAGAAGCGUUUGGAACGGGAGCAGCUUGAACAGGAGCAGCUUGAGCAGGAGCGGCUACAGCAGAAACAGCUUGAGCAGGAGCGGCUCGAGCAGGAGCGGCUUCAACAGGAAAAGCUCAAGCAGGAGCAGCUUGAGGAGCAGGAGCGGCUUGAGCAGGAACGGCUCGAGCAGGAGCGGCUCCAGCAGGAGGAGCGGGAGCGGCUUGAGCAGGAGAGGCUUGAGCAGAAGCUUGGGCAGGAGCGGCUCCAACAGGAGGAGCGAGAGCGGCUUGAGCAGGAGCGGCUCGAGCAUGAACGGCUGGAGCGGCUUCAGCAGGAGAAGCUUGAGCAGGAGCGGCUCGAGCAGGAACGGCUCCAGCAGGAGAAGAAGCUUGAGCAGGAGCGGCUCGAGCAGGAACGGCUGGAGCAGGAGCGGCUCCAGCAGGAGGAGCGGCUUGAGCAGGAGCGGCUUCAGCAGGAGAAAGUUGAGCAGGAGCGGCUCGAACAGGAGGAGCGGGAGCGGCUUGAGCAGGAGCGGCUCGAGCAUGACCGACUCGAGCAGGAGGAGCUGGAGCGGCUUGAGCAGGAGCGGCUUCAGCAGGAGAAGCUUGAGCAGGAGCGGCUCGAGCAGGAACGGCUCCAGCAGGAGGAGCGGGAGCGGCUUGAGCAGGAGCGGCUUCAGCAGGAGAAGCUUGAGCAGGAGCGGCUUCAGCAGGAGCGGCUCGAGCAGGAAGGGCUGGAGCAGGAGCGGCUCCAGCAGGAGGAGCGGGAGCGGCUUAAGCAGGAGCGGCUUCAGCAGGAGAAAGUUGAGCAGGAGCGGCUCGAACAGGAGGAGCGGGAGCGGCUUGAGCAGGAGCGGCUCGAGCGGCUCGAGCAGGAGGAGCUUGAGCAGGAGCGGCUCGAGCAGGAAGGGCUGGAGCAGGACCGGCUCCAGCAGGAGGAGCGUGAACGGCUUGAGCAGGAGCGGCUCCAGCAGGAGAAGCUCGAGCAGGAGAAGCUCGAGCAGGAGCUGAAUCAGCGCAAGCUUGAGCAUGAAAAAGAACAGGAGGUUGAAAGGUUGGAGUGCGAUAGAGUAGAGCAGGAGCGAUCCGAGCAGGAGAACAUCGAGCAAGAAGACUUGCCACUGGAGAAGCAGGAAGAUGCUGCCAUGCAGGGCAGAGUGCCGAACGGGCAGACAGAGCAAUCAUCAGCCGGGGAAGACAGCCCACAAGCGUCUGGCUCCGCCACCGACGCAGCCCAAGGGGAUGCCACUCCAACGUCCGAGACGCAGAGCGCGGGCGAGACCAACAGGGCGUUGGCGCUUCUUGCAGAAUACGAGGUUCGUUUGAAGGCCAUCUACCAGAAGCACAACCCUGACGCGCUGUCAGAUCCCCACCUGGACCAGAUCCUGGGCAAGUACCGGGAGCAGAUGAUCAGCAGACCUGCGGAGGCGAACCAGCCACAGGUCCUGCAACGGUACCGGGAGCGGCUGGAGAGCCUCUACCAAGCCAUCUCUGCCCGCUAUGCAGAAGAAAAGGAGGAUCUCAAGACGCUGUACACGCGGCAUAUCACGGCCAUCUACCGGCAGCACAACCCCACCAAGCUGGCAGAAGUUGACAAGCUGAUUGACAAGUACGCGGAACAGCUGCCAGUUCUCUACCAGUCGAUUUGCCAGAAGUACGAUGUCAAGCCGGCGCCGGAGCUCGCGGAGGCGGCCCAACCUGCGGCGCAAUCGGUCUCCAAGGAGAAGUCCGGCGGCUGGGGCGGGGGCUUCCUGAGCAGCGGCCUGCAGACCCUGAAGACCUUGCAUGGUGCUGCUGAAGGCAUACGGGAGCAGAUGGAGAAGUCCUUUGAGGAGGCAAUCCGCUCAGAGGAGGAGAUCUCGACAAUGCAGGUGGUACAGGGCUUGAGGGGUGCUGCCGAGAAGGGCGCUGCACUGCGCGUGGACAAGAAGGAGGUGUCGCCGCGGCCUGACUUCAGCCCCACCAGCGAGGCUGCCUCCGUGCCUGAGGAAGUCAAGGUGCAGCAGAAGGUGCCUCAGCAGACGCAGGAGCAGCUGGAGGCAAUGAUGACGGAAAGGGAGCGCCUGCUGAUGGAGAACAAGAAGCUGAAGGCGGAGAAGGAGAACCUUAUCCUGGAGGGCACCAAGAUGUCGCGGCGUGUGCAGUCGGUGGAAGAGCGUAUGAAGGCGGGUGCCGCUGAGCUGCGCCGGGCAGAGCAGCUGCAGUCGGACAGCGACAGGGCCAAAGAGCAGCUGCAGAACCAGCUCAGCCGUCAGACCGCCAAGGUGGAGAAGGCGGAGGCGCAGAGCUCCGAGCUGCGGGCCGAACUCCGGCGCGUGGCUGCGGAACUGGAGCGGGCAAAGCAGCAGCUUCAAGGCGAGAAGCGUCAGCUGCAGGCCGACCACCAAGCCCUACAGCUGAAGAGCCGGGAGAGUUCAGAGAAAGAAAGGCGCAUGGAGGAGCGCAUCCAGCAGCUUUGCCACGAGCGAGAGGAGCUGCGCGCCACCAGCAGCUCUUUGACCCUAGAGCUGCAGCAGGCGCUGGGGGCGGUAGACAACCUGGAGCGGCGGCUGCAGCAACAGGUCCAGGAGAUGGAGCAGCUGCAGGAGCGGCACCGGCGUCAGCUGGAGGCUGCAGAGUGCGAGUUUGUGAACGAGAGCAUGCCCUACCAGCAGCGCUUGGGGGAGUUGGAGGCGCAGCUUGCGCACCAAGAGCAGAAGUUUUUGGAGAGGGAGGCGAUCGCCUAUCGAGAGCGGGACAAGGAGCGGGCAGAGCUGGAGGCGGCCAAAGAGGAGCUGCGCCAAAAGGAGGCCCUCCAGGAGCGCCGGGCCCGCGAGCAGCGGGAGGAGUCCUUGCGGGCUCAGCGCGCGCAGCAGGACGCUGCGGACCUUAGACGGGAAAUGGCAGAGGUGCACACUGCCAGAGAAGCCGCGGACCGAGGGCGGGAGGCAGCCGAAGGGGAGCUGAAAUUGGAGAGCGCCCGCCGGCGAUCGGCGGAGCAGAAGGCGCAAGAGCAGCAGCUCCAGGUGGAAAAGCUGAGCUCCAAGCCGAGCCCCAUCCCCUCAGGCUUCCGGGACUCCGAGCUGCAACAGCUGCGCGCGCAGGUGAGUGCAGUCACCCAGCAGCGCGACUCUUUGCAGCAGGAGACGCUGAAACUCCAGCAACGCCUGGAAGCUCGAGGCGAUUCAAGUGUCAACGUGGCACUGGCGCAGAAGUUCGAGAUGGCUUUGCAAGCCAUCGGCAGGCUGCAGGAGGACCUCGAGGCGUGCCAGGCCCAGCGGGACUCGCUGCAAGCGCGGUGCGCUCAACUGGCCGCUUAGAAGCAAGGCCGGCAGCUGACAUUGAUUGCCUGGGUGCUGGUCGCGGCAUGAUCCACACGCAGUUGGUGCAAGCAAGCUGGUCAAAUCGGACGCUCCAGCGAUAGGCAUGCAUUAGCGCGCCGUGCAUAGACUCAACCCACCUGCCCUAGCAUCUUUCACAGCAUGGGUUUCGAGCUUGGGCAUGGGCAAGG